AGGCGCUGCUGAAGGGGCUCCGGGGCAGGAGUCCGGGCGGGGGGCACGGCAUGGGGGGUCCCGGGACGGGGCGAGGGGCUCCUCCUGCACCUGGGACCCUCCCCCGCCCGCGGCCAGCAGGACCCAAGGGCUGGGCGGCCCUGACCCUGGUGCUGAUCCUCGGCCUCCUGUUGAUCUCCCUCCUCCAAGGCAUAGACUUGCCCCCGUGCACGGAGGAGCAGUACCAGGUGGGGGCGCGGUGCUGCCCCAAGUGCAGCCCAGGUGAGCGGGUGAAGCAGGCCUGCGGGGCGAACACGGGCACAUCAUGUGUCCCCUGCGCCCCCGGGACCUACAUGGACAAGCUCAAUGACCUGAGGGAGUGUCUGCCCUGCCGGGACUGCCGUCCAGCCCUGGGCCUGGUGACCCGGCGCGGGUGCUCCCCCACGGGGGACGCCGUGUGUGGCUGCGCCCCCGGCCACGUCUGCGUCCAGGUGCACGGGGACAGCUGCGCGCAGUGCCGGCCCCACACGGCCUGCAGGCCCGGCCAGAGUGUGAGGCAGAGAGGCACCGAGCGGCAGGACACGCUGUGUGAGGACUGUCCCCCCGGAACCUUCUCUCCCGACGGGACCCUGGAGCAGUGCCGGCCCUGGACCAGGUGCAGCUGGCUUGAGGCAGAAGCCAAUCCGGGGACCAGCAGCAGCGACGUCACCUGCGCCUCCCGGAGACUUUAUCUGCUUCUGCUUCUGCUCGUGCUGUUUGUCGUGUCCUCAGCAGUGGCCAUUUCCACCUGUGUCCGCUGAGCCCGGGCACGGAGCAGGUCACGGGCCCAGGACACGGAGGGCUGCCCGCUGGGGCGCCGGCUGAAGCCGCC